AGGAAGGAGAAGGGGAGGCCACAGCCAAACAUAACCUAAUUUGACCUUGUCAGCUUUAAUCAUGGCUUCUCAUCAGCUGUGGGGAGGUGGGGUGGCGGUGUGGUGGGAGAAGGUACUAGGGCACAUGGACAUAUCCAUUCUCUGUAAUUGGAGAGAGUGAAGACGAAGAGAGAAAAAUAGCAACAGUGAUUUAAGGCAGAGACUGAAGGAGAAGUCCUGGAGAGAGCGUUGCUUCAGUGCUGCACUCACGGCCUCUGCACCCCUGCGUGCCUGUGUCUGUGUGAGUAAGCGUGUGAGAGAGAGAGAGAGCAAAAAAGAGGGGGGAGAGGGGGGCGUGUAGAUGUGUGUGUGUGCUUGCUACACAGCCAUGGUAGUGUGAGCUGAAUGAUGCUCUCUGGCUGUCUCUCUCCGCGCUGCCUGGCUGUUCCUGCUUUCUGCCGCCGCGCGCUGAUGAACCAUUUUAAGCUGCAGCGGACACACACAGCCCCGAACAACCGCUUCCUUGCAACGGCCAUCAUCCUGGUUCUACUGUCAGCUGAUGGUCUGACACAGUAGGACACUGCUGCCUCUGCACCGCUCCUACAACAGGGAAAUACAGAGACAGGACUGCUGCUUGUGAGCUCAGAAAUGAAGUUUUGCCCCUCCACUUCCCAGAUGUACCGCCCCAGUGUCAGUGUGUGGACAGACUACAUCUUCUAGAGGACAACAACCGAGCCCUGAAACUCAAGUCUGGGACCUUCAGCCAACACAGGCUACAGCACAAACUCCUGGAAAAUGAGCUUCAAGAUGUUCUCAAGGAGAAAAAGCACUUGAGUCACCACUUGUUCAACAAUAGCAAAAAGGCAGUCCAGAAUGAGCAGGUGAAGUCAGAGUAUGAGCAGCUCAAAGAGACCCUCGGUGUUGUGACUCAGGAGAGAGAUUCAGCCCUGCGGGAGAAGACCCAGCUCCAAGGCAAACUGGAGAACCUAGAGCAGGUGCUAAAGCAUAUGCGUGAGGCUGCAGAGCGGAGGCAGCAGCUAGAGUUGGAGCAUGAACAAGCCUUGGCUGUACUCAAUGCAAAGCAGCAGGAGAUUGACCUUCUGCAGCAGGCUCAGGUUGAGGCUAAGAAGGAGCAUGAGGGAGCUGUCCAUCUGUUAGAGAACCACUUGGACAGCAUGCAGUUGAGGAGCAUUCCCCGCGCUUUGAACACAGUGCAGUUUUUGGCCAAAGUCCGAGAUCUGGAGGAGAAAUGUCGGACACAAAGUGAGCAGUUCAACCUCCUGUCCAAAGAGCUGGAGAAGUUCCGGCUACAGACUGGAAAGUUUGAUACCCUUGGCAGUGGCACCGAUCCCUUAACUGUGUGUGAAUCCCCUGGAUCGCCAAACAAAUCCCUCUCCCAGCUCUUCAACGGGCUGGCCGCCCCCACAGGGAAAGGCAAUGAGAGUCCGCUGAGCAGAUCUGUGAUCUCUGAGUUCAUCCGACCGCUCCAGAUCUGUGGGGACAAGCCGGAGCUCGUGUCUGUAAAGCCAACAUUCCUCACCCGCAGCAGCAGCCGGACUGGCAGCUCUCAACGGGCCCUCCUCACUGAGAUGGACAAAGAACUAAGCUCAACGACUAGGACCAAGAAGAGGUUCACAGGCAAGGUCCGUCUGUGCAUCGCCCGGUACAGUUAUAACCCCUGUAAUGGGCCCAAUGAGCAUCCUGAGGCAGAGCUCCCCCUGGUGGCAGGGAAGUACCUCUACGUGUAUGGGACCAUGGAUGAUGACGGCUUCUAUGAAGGAGAGCUGCUGGAUGGACAGCAGGGACUUGUCCCUUCCAACUUUGUGGACUUUGUUAAGGAUGAGAAGAUGCCCUCUGCUCAGCACAGGGACGGGGCCAAAGAGUCAGGCUACCUCAGUAGUAACCACAGCAGCCUGGGCUCCACAGGGCUUGGCAGCAUGGGCCUGAGCAGCAUCAGCAGCCUGCUAUCUGACAGUAAACUGGACCUGGGGCCUAGCCUAGAUAGAAACCUGGAGAGAAACCUUGAGAGAAACCUGGGGAGCAACCUCAGUUCCACUCUGGGUUCCACUCACGGUUCCACUCUGGGCAGCCACAUGGGUUCCACUCUGGGUUCCACUCACGGUUCCAGUCAUGGUUCCACUGGACUGGGUUCCAGUCUGAGCAGCACUCUGACCAGCCUGGGCAGCAGUAGUCUGGGCAUGGACUUCCUGGGCUCCAUGGGUUCCUGCAGCAAUGGGACAGGGACCCUGGAUGUCAGCAUUGACGAGAUUGGUGAAAAUAUUGUGCCUUACCCUCGCCGUAUCAAUCUGAUCAAACAGCUGGCCAAGAGUGUGAUCGUGUGCUGGGACCCUCCGGUGGUGCCGCCCGGCUGGGGCUCCAUCAGUGGCUACAACGUCCUGGUGGACAAGGAGGUGAGGAUGAGCGUGCCCUUUGGGGGCAAGACGAAGUCGCUUAUCGAGAAACUUAACCUGGCCACCAAUACCUACCGCAUCUCGGUACAGAGCAUCACAGAGCGGGGCCCAUCUGACGAGCUGCGCUGCACUCUACUAGUGGGGAAGGAUGUGGUGGUGGCUCCUUACUAUCUGAGGGUGGACAACAUCACACAGGUCUCUGCUGAGCUCUCCUGGCAGCCUAGCAACAGCAACUACAGCCACACCAUCUUCCUGAACGAGGCUGAGUAUGACAUGGUGAAGGCAGGGGCCUACAAGUACCAGUUCUUCCAACUGAAGCCCAUGACCGUUUACAAGGUGAAGGCCGUGGCGCGGACACACCAGAUACCUUGGCAGAUGCCCCUGGAGCACAGGGACAAGAGGGAGAUCUCUGUGGAGUUCUGCACCCAGCCUGCAGGUCCUCCCUUUCCUCCCCAGGAGGUGCAGGUCCAGUUGGGCCAGAACCCCGGGGUUCUGCAGGUGCGAUGGAAACCCCCCAUCCUCACCCCCACUGGAACCUCCAACGGAGCCAACGUGAUUGGCUAUGCCGUGUGCACAAAGGGACAAAAGAUAGCGGAGGUGAUGUACCCAACAGCUGACUAUGUGACAGUGGAGCUGAAUAGGAUCCAGUGUCUGGAGGCCAGAGAGGUCAUUGUCAGGACGUUAUCAGCACAAGGAGAGUCUCAGGACUCCCCCGUGGCCACCAUACCGCACAAUAUCCUGAGGCCUCCCCAUCACUCACCCCACCACCGCUCCCCUGCACACCCGCAUCCUAUGCCUCAACCCCAGCACCAUCAGCCACACACACAAACACACCCGCCAUACCCCCAGACCUACCCCCCAUCCCACCCCCAACCUCAGGUCCACCCUCUGCCUCGAUCCCAGCCCCACACCCUGCCUCAUGGUCAGCCUCUGCGCCACCCAACCCCUCACCCCCAGCCCCAACACCAGCCCUACCCCAUGUCUAAGCCCAAUUUAGUAAGUGCCAGAGAGUCAGAAACCAAAGAGUAUGAGGCGGGCCUGCGGCCUGGUCCGCCCUGGGAGCGCUCCCCUUCGCCCCUCCCUCCUACCAUGCGUGGACACACUUUGGAGCCGCCCCACUUCCAGGGGCGUCGUUCACCCUCUCCUCAGAGGAUCCUGCCCCAGCCUCAGGGAGCCCCCAUCCCCAACACCAUCGCCAAGGCCAUGGCCAGGGAAGCUGCACAGAGAGUGUUCGCUGAGAACAACCGGAUGGAGAAGAGGAACAUCUUCAGUGAGCGGAGUGUGAACUCUGAUGAGGAGGAGGAUGGUUAUGUCUCUCCCCACACCAGGAGGAGAGGGGCUUCUGUGGACGAAUUCCUCAGAGGCUCUGAACUGGGGAGACAUGUACGGCACCACUACAGCCACAGUGAGGAGUACCAGACAGAGAGCAGCCGCGGCUCAGACCUGUCUGACAUCAUGGAGGAGGACGAGGAUGACCUGUACUCUGAGAUGCAGCUGGAGGAGGGCCGUCGGCGCAGCAUCAACUCUCACAACACUCUCAAGAUUAUAGGGAACUCCCCCUCCCAUGGAUGCUCCCAUGGCGACCGGCUGGACCAUUCAGGGAGGAGGCCUGUCCACGGCGGCAACCCCCCACAGCGACGACCCAUGAUGGUUCCUUCCAUUGAGAUCACCAUGAUGGAGAGUAACAGUGAGGGAAGUGAGGGAAACCUCUCACCUGGCAAGGAGGAUGUUUACUAUCAUGGCAGUGUAGCUCGGCGGAGGAUAUGGCAUGACGAUGAUGAGUACGGUGGGCAAGGCCGCGGACAUGGCCGAGGGCGGCGGUCGCCAGUGUACUACGAGGAGUCGGAGCCAGAGGACCCGGCGCGUAUAUUUGUGGCCCUGUUUGACUACGACCCCCUGUCCAUGUCCCCCAACCCUGAUGCUGCUGACGAGGAGCUGCCCUUCAAAGAGGGCCAGAUCAUCAAGGUGUUUGGAGAUAAGGACACGGAUGGGUUCUACAGGGCAGAGAUCCGUGACCGCCCGGGUCUGAUCCCCUGUAACAUGGUGUCAGAGAUCCAGACUGAGGAUGAUGGGAUGAUGGACCAGCUACUCAAACAGGGCUUCCUCCCACUCAACACUCCUGUAGAGAAAUUAGUGAUCUGCAACCGCUUCAAAGAUGGUCGCUCAAUAAACCGCAGGUCCCGAAAAUCCAAGCGAGAGAGGAACAGGCGGAGUGGGCGUCAGCACCCCUCGUCCACACGUAGAAUGGUGGCACUGUAUGACUACGACCCCAGGGAGAGCUCCCCCAACGUGGAUGUGGAGACACAGUAUGGGAGAGACAGGCUGAAUGAGGCUGAACUGACAUUCUGUGCUGGUGACGUCAUAACAGUAUUUGGUGAAAUUGAUGAAGAUGGGUUUCAUUAUGGCGAGCUCAAUGGACACAAAGGUCUUGUUCCCUCCAACUUUCUAGAAGAAGUGCCUGAUGAUGUUGAGGUUUUUCUCACUGACACUCAGUCUCGAGAUUCUCGAUACCCGCAGGACGCUGCAGCGCGGAUAAAGACCAAAAGGGUUCCAUUGGAAAAAUCGGGUCCGCCCAGAAGAGCCGCCUCCCCCACAGUGCGCCAACACAUCCCUGGCUCUGGCCCUGCUACAGUGGGGCCUGGCAGUCCCAUCAGGGGCCCCUGCGACUUGUCCUCCAAAAAGAAAAAGGGACUGCUCUCCAAAGGGAAGAAACUAUUGAAAAGACUUGGCGCUGUAAAAUAACCCCUUCAAAUACUUGAAGUAUAUUAUCAACCACAUAAUUCAUCUCCAACACUUCCAUUACUGUAAAUUCAGUCCUGUGAGAAGAAAAAAGUGGUCAAAAUGUACAAAUGUUGUAUUCUAGAAACCAUAUUUUCUUAUUUAAAUUGCAGUAUGUAUUUUGAAUAUGGUUCAGGGACCUCAUAGUUUGACAUUUAGUGUCAUAAGCCAACCUCUGGUCAUUUAUGUUUUGGUAUCUGAAGCAGAAGACUGCAACACGAUGGAUGAUUUGAAAUAUUCUCAAUUUUGAAGGCCAAUAGAUACGUAGGUGUGUUUGAUGACGCUGUAGACCACAAUGUUCCUCAGAGUAAGAGGGGUUUAUAUCAGAGUCUCUUUAGGGCUGAGAUCAAAGGAUAGGGCUCAGAAUGGCCAGUCAACAUCAUACUUGAUAAUACUGCUGGUGGCUCACCUUAACCAAACCUUCACAUUGUAGUACCCAUAUUGAUGCAAGGAAAAGAGCAGUUUUAGGAUCAGGCAGCUGAGGUCAUUUGAACUGUAUAGGUUUGCAUGUUUUACCUAAACCACAUCCAGAAUAAUAAUUCCCAUCCAACCUUUGAAAGCACAUGCUAACUAAUGGCCUUUUCUAUCAGAACUCAAGGCUCAAUUUGCAUGCUUUGUCAGUGCAUUUUUAUGAUAUUGUGUAUGAGCAAUAUUUGCUAAAUGAAUAGUAAAAACAAAUAUUAACUUAAAACAGAAUAUUCAAUACAAACCGAAUUGUCACAUUCGUAUUCAGUUCAAUUCAAGCCCAGGUACACAUUUGUCUAGUCACCACCUUAGCACCUAAAGUCACGAUAUGUGCAGUGGUAAAAUAUGAAAAAUCUCCAGAAAGACUUGUCAGAUUGGUCUGGAGAGAAUUUGAUCAGCAAGUAUCAAUUCUUAACAGCAAGUGUCAGUUCUUCAGGCACACUGAAAUAACUCUGGACAAGGACAUUAGAUAGGACAGGGUUUCAAGAUUCAGUAUAUUUUUGUUGUUGAAUUGUCAUGAAAUGCCUAGUUGAAACCAACCUCCCAUGUAUUUGCCUUAUAAAUGCACAAUGGUUUGUAUUUUGUCCAGUGAGUGGAGUGUUAUGUCCUGUAUGCAUUCAAGUCAUUGCAUUACUUUUUAAAUGUAUUUGUAAAUUAUGUUGAUCAAGACUAGUGAUGUGCAGUUUAUUACUUGUAGGAAUGUUUUUUGGAGGACCUGCGCAUUAAAAUGACAUUCAAACGAAAUUCAAUACAAAAAAAUAAGGGGGAAAAGUAAGUGUGUAUUUAUGUUUUAAUGUUUCACACUAUUUUUGCACAAAAAGACUAAUGAAAAAAAUAAGGCACUUUAUUUUGUUCUUCAUGUUAUACAUGCAAUGUAUUUACUGCAUUCACAAUCCCAUUUUGACACGUUUGUGUACAAGACAAUGGAUGUGAAAGAAAUGCAAUUGAAGGCCAGUUUAAUUAACUGUUUCCAAGAUAAGUUGCAAUCAGCAGUUGGUAUUAUUUUUGUUUCAAACUAAGUUUUGUAGAGUACACUCCAAACUUGCAAUUCUUGGAAGCAGGAAAAUGUUUGACUUAUGACAGAGACUAGGUUUGAUUGAAUAACCAUCAGAUAAAAGCCCUAAAUAUCAAGUUGUUGUUACAUAGAAAUUGUGAUUUAAACAAGACAAGUCUACCUCCAUAAUGACCCCUAUAAGUUCAACUAAUUUGACUACAGGUUCACAGACGUCAACUCUCCAUUUCAUAUAUUUGCAAAGGGUAGAAGUACUGUAUUUGUGUCAGCACCCAACUAGCACAGAGUAGUGAAUGUAUGAUUAAUUGAAAGCCAAUGUAUUUUAUUUAUCAAAACUAUCCAUUAUGAGUAUGCAGAUGUCCAGCGUUCUCUGGUCCAGUUUGUAUGUGAAAUGAAACCUUCCAUCUGUUAACUCCUUACACUAUUUUGUUAAUCAUUUCAUCCUUCCAUUCACUUUAUAUCACAGCUUUUUCUGGACUACACUACUUUCAUGAGAUUUGAACUGAGACUGCCAAAAAAGAAUGUACGAAAAGCAUUCUGUACAACUUUCUGUACAAUUGUCGGUCAUUGCUUCUAUAUAUAUUGUUUUGACUGUUGCUCUUUUUGUACUUUGUCCAUUUGUAAAUUGUUUUUAAAUGUUUAUACUUGAUUUUCAGACUGCCUUUUUUGUACAUUAAAAUUUAUAAUCAAACAGUGCAAAGCUUUCCCCAUGGUGUCUUCAAAACCAUAAUGUUUUAAAAGUCUGCAAUUGUGUGCUAGCUUUAUGACAAAAAAUAUCAGCCUAUAUUGGUGGUUACAAAAUAUUGUGUGGGUGUGCAUGUGCAAAAAAUUUUAUCAAAUAAAUUUCAUA